AACAAAAAAAUCUCAAAUUCUCAAAGUCGUCGAUCCAGCGGUAGCAGCGCACAUACCGAUCGAUCUAGGAGAGGGAGAGAACCAACCAAUUUCAUCGCCGAUCAAACAAGGAAAAAAGAUCCCGGCCAUGGCGACGCGGUCGCUGGAGCUGACGCUGAUCUCGGGCAAGGACCUCAAGGACGUGAACCUGAUGUCCAGGAUGGAGGUCUACGCCGUGGUGUCGCUCUCCGGCGACCCCCGGUCGCGGCAGCGGGUCCAGGCCGACCGCACCGGCGGCCGCAACCCGACCUGGAACGCCACGCUCCGCUUCGCCGUCCCAGCCACUGGCGCCGGCUCCCUCCACGUCCUCCUCCGCGCCGAGCGCGCCCUCGGCGACCGCGAUGUCGGCGAGGUCCACAUCCCGCUGUCCGAGCUCCUCUCCGGCGCCCCCGACGGCCCUGUCCCCGCCAAGUUCGUCGCCUACCAGGUGCGCAAGAUCUCCUCCGGCAAGCCCCAGGGAGUCCUCAACCUCUCGUACAAGCUCGGCGAGGUCGCCAACGGCUACGCCCCCGCUUCCGCCGCCCAGUCCGCCUACGCCCAUCCUCCACCGACCGCCGCGUACCCGCCUCCUUCAGGCAAGGCUGACGCCUACGCGCCUCCCGCCGCGUACCCGCCUCCUUCGGGCAAGGCCGACGCGUACGCGCCCCCUGCCACCGCAUACCCGCCGGCAGCCAAGGCCGACGCGUACCCACCUCCAUACGGCGCCUACCCGCCCGCCGGCGGCAAGGCCGACGCUGCUUACCCGCCCUCAUCCGGCUACCCACCCGCGGCAGGCAAGCCAGCCAAGGGGGGCGAACCGGUGACGGCCUACCCUUCGGCCGGUCCCAGCACGGCGGCGCCCUACGCUGCUCCUCCGCCGCAGUACGGCGGCUACGGGUACCCGCCGCAGCAGGCCGCCGGGUACGGCUACCCGCCCCCGCAGCAGGCCGGGUACGGGUACGGCUACCCGCCGCCGCAGGCCGCCGGGUACGGGUACCAGCAGCAGGCCGUGAGGCCGCAGAAGAAGAAGAACAACUUCGGGAUGGGGCUCGGGGCCGGGCUGCUCGGAGGCGCCGUCGGGGGCCUCCUGAUCGGCGACAUGAUCUCGGACUCGUCGGCGUACGACGCCGGCUACGACGCCGGGUUCGACGACGGCGGCGGCUUCGAUUUCUAGCGCGCUCCGGUGGCAUGGGUGGUGACGCCACGCCGCGCAUCAGAGACGGAGAGGUUCCCGUUUUGGAUUUGCCUUUUGUGAUUUGUUUCCUUCUGUACGCAAUCUAUGUAAU